AUGCAGAGACUUCUAAGAAAUAUGAGUGUGUGUCAGCAAACUAAGGCUCUCUUAUGUAAAAAUCUACUUAUCAAAUGGAGAAUGAAAAUGCAGACCUUUCAGGAAUGGAUCCUGUCACUCCUAUUUCUCUUUCUGGUGUACUUGGUAUCUAUGUUCACAUUAAGUUACCCAAAUCCUGAAGUGCCUCUGGCUUUCCUGGGACGAUUAGAUGACCCUGCCUAUAAUGCUACUGGGAUUACAGUUGCUUAUACACCCAUGACCCGCAGCACGAGACAAAUAAUGAAUAAAGUGGCUUCAGACUCUGUAAUGAUAGGUAUAAAAACAGAAGUGAUGGAAGAUGAAAAAGCGCUGGAGGCAGCAUGGAUUCUGAAUGAGGAAAUUGUAGGGGUUGUAUUUAACGAUGACUUCUCCUAUCGCCUCAGAUUUCCUCCUGAGAAUGUGAUUGCUCCAAAUGAGCAUUUUGGACAUAUAGAUUCUUGUUAUAACUUUUCAGACCAUUACUGUAAUAGUCCAAAAUAUUGGUACAGAGGAUUUCUAUCACUGCAAUCAAGCAUUGAUGCUGCUAUUAUAGAAAUGACGACAAAUCAUUCUGUCUGGGAAGAAAUGAAAUCGAUUAGUGGUGUCCGUAUGGGAUCAUCAUCUAUCAUACCAUCAAUUACCCUGGAACAUGGUUUUAUCUUUUUUACUGUUGCAAUGAGUUUCUCUCCAUUUAUGCACUUUCUGUCAAUCAGUCUUACAAGAGAAAAAAGGAAACUCAAGGCGUUGAUGAAGACUAUGGGGUUACAGGAUGCAGCCUUCUGGUUAUCCUGGAGUUUGCUGUAUACUGUUUGUGUUUUGAUUAUGGCCAGUCUGCUGACAGCUGUCACGGUUAAUGAAUAUUUCUACACAAGCAGCUUCUUUGCAGUAUUACUUCUGUUUUUCUUUUAUGGCAUAGCAUCUAUCCACUUCUGUUUCAUGCUCAGCUCCCUCUUAAAGAAGCCUAAAGUCACCAGCUCCGUUGGAUUCAUCCUCACCUUUUUCUCUACAUGUCUGAGCUUUAUUACAUUGGUGAAAAAACUUCCUGCACCCUUGGAAUGGGCUUUGGGUCUCCUCUGCCCCUUUGCCUUUAUUACUGGAAUCUCAAAGAUUUUACAUUUAGAAAAAUAUGGAAUAGGUUUCUAUUUUUCUAACAUGAUGGAGGAAUCAUAUGCUGUAUUUACAGCCUAUGUCCUACUGAUUUUUGACAGUGUUUUAUAUAUGCUAUUGGCUAUCUAUUUUGAUAAAGUUUUGCCUGACAAAUAUGGUAUGAAAUAUCCCCCUUUGUUCUGCCUGAAGCCAUCAUACUGGUGCAAAAGCAGGAGAGGUUAUGCUAGUAAGAGACCUGAAACUGAACAAAACCAUGAACGUAUCUUCAAUGACAGCAUGGAGCCAGUGCCUUCAGAAUUUGACGGGAAGGAAGCCAUCAGACUCAACAAUAUUAAAAAAACCUAUAAAACAAAGAACAAGAAAAUAGAAGCUUUGAGAGGUUUGUUCUUAAAUAUUUAUGAAGGCCAGAUCACUGCGUUACUUGGUCAUAGUGGAGCUGGAAAAACUACUCUACUAAACAUCCUCAGUGGACUUUCCCAGCCAUCAGAUGGUUCUGCAACUAUAUACAAGUACAAACUAUCAGAAAUAGAGGAUCUGGAAGAAAUUAGAGCAUUAUUUGGGGUUUGCCCACAAUUCAACGUUCAGUUUGAAGUUUUAACAGUGAAAGAAAAUCUGCGAGUUUUUGCUGAAAUCAAAGGGAUUCGGUCCGCUGAGGUACAGUAUGAGGUGCAAAAAGUUUUGAAACGGAUGGAUAUUAUCAAGAUUCAGGACACCCAAGCUAAUAAACUGAGUGGUGGACAAAAAAGAAAGUUGUCUCUUGGGAUAGCCAUGUUAGGAGAUCCACAGGUUUUGCUAUUAGAUGAGCCAACUGCUGGAUUGGAUCCCCGUUCCAGACACUAUGUGUGGACCCUACUGAAAGAACGUAGAGCUGGUCGAGUGACUCUAUUCAGUACCCAAUUCAUGGAUGAAGCUGAUAUCCUUGCUGACCGGAAAGCUUUUAUUUCACAUGGGAGAAUAAAGUGUGUUGGAUCUUCUCUGUUUUUGAAGAAAAAAUGGGGGAUUGGGUAUCACUUAAGGAUGCAUGUCAGUGAGGUUUGUGACUCUGAGAACAUGAUAUCUCUGGUCAGACAGUACAUCCCUGAUGCCACAUUCACAGGACAGAGUGAAAAUGAACUGAGUUAUACGCUGCCCUUAGAAAAUGUGGAUAAAUUUCCAGAUCUGUUCUGUGGCCUAGACAGCCACUCUGACCAGGGGAUUAUUAAUUAUGGCGUCAGCAUGACAACCCUGGAAGAUGUCUUCCUGAAGCUGGAGGGUGAAGCAGCAACUGAUCAAGAAGAUUAUGGUGUUUUCAGUGCGGAGGAGGCAGAAGAGGAAAGAGACGCCUUCUCUGCUGAUGAAAUGGAACAAGGUCUCCUGUCACUCUCAGACACUGGAAAGGCGACUGUAACUGGCACAGCCCUCUGGAGACAGCAAGUGUGUGCCAUGGCAAGAAUUCGCUUUUUAAAGCUGAAGCAUGAAGAUAAAACCCUUAGAUCCAUAUUACUGCUGUGUGGACUUUUUAUGUUACCUUUAGCUAUCCACUUAAUCAUACUUGUCUUAUGGAAACGAUUAAAUUCUUGGGAGCUGUCCUCUGGUCUGUAUUUUUUUCCUCCUGGAAAACAAUCUCACAAGGAAGUCACAAGCCUUCUAGUCCUCAAUAAAACAGGUUCAAGCAUUCAGGACUUCAUCCACGCUUUGGAGACUCAGAACAUAAUGCUGGAAAUAGCAACAGGGAAAAAUAUCACAGAGAAGCUAAUCCAUAAUGGGGCUAUACAAGUAUCCUGGGAGAACCAGAGCUACAGGUUUACAGUUAUGUGCAGCAUAGAAACAAUCAACUGCUUUCCAGUGCUCGUGAACAUCAUUAGCAAUGCCUUGCUGCGAACCUUAAAUUCCACUGCACAAAUUCAAAUCUGGAGUCAUCCAUUUUUUUCUGAGAAUCGUCCAGAAAUAUGGGAUAAUUUUAUUUUUAGCUAUCUUAUUUUUUUGCUGCUUUUACUUCCUGGUUUCCCACCUCACUUUGCAAUGAACAGCAUACAAGAUUAUAAGAUAAAAGCUCGUUCCCAGCUGCGGGUCUCUGGGCUCUUCCCUUCAGCCUACUGGUGUGGGCAGGCUCUGGUGGAUAUUCCCCUGUACUUGAUUCUUCUCUUCUCAAUGUUUGGAAUUAUCUUUGCAUUGAGUUACAAAAUUUCUAUGAGUGCCAGUGACGCUUUUGCCCUGUUUACCUGUAUUAUUGGCUAUGGAGCUUCUAUGAUCCUGUUCGUGUAUGUAAUUGCCUUCACAUUUCGAAAGCGAUGCAACAGCUGUGAUUUUUGGUCUUUUAUCCUCAUAGCGGUAACGCUGGUUAUCUUCAUUAUUAAUGCCAUCACGUGGAUCACUUCCAGAGAGGCAAUUUUCCAUUAUUUCUUCUCCAUUUUGAUUCCUGUGUAUCCAUUAAUAGGUGUUGUGAUCAGGUCUCUGAAGAUAUUUAUAGAUGAGAAUUUCAGUUCUAUUGGCAAUUGGAGAGACAUAUUCGUAUCUGUCGUUGCACCUUACCUCCACUGUGUAGUUUUCAUUUUUCUUCUUCGAUGGCUGGAGGUGAAAUACGGAAGAGCGGUUAUGAGAGAGGAUCCGAUUUUUAGAAUUCCCCCGAGGAAAGAGAUCAACCAUCAAAAUCCUGAAGAACCAGAAGAAGAAGAUGAAGAUGUGCAAGCUGAAAGGGCAAAAGUUAGGGAAGCAAUAGCUUCUGAAAAUCAGGAAGAGAAACCAAUUAUCAUUGUCAACGAUCUGCGCAAGGAAUAUAAAGACAAGAAAGCCAGCUCGGUUUUUAAGAAGAGGAAGAAAGCGGCCACUAAAAAUGUCUCUUUUUGUGUUAAAAAAGGAGAGGUAUUCGGACUACUAGGACCCAAUGGAGCUGGUAAAAGCACAACUAUCAAUAUGAUUACUGGAGAGACAACACUGACUGCUGGGCAGGUGCUGACAAAGGGGAAAGGUGCCACUGCCUCUCAACUGCAAGAGAGCCCAACUGGCUUUCUAGGCCACUGCCCUCAGGAGAACCCUCUCUGGCCAAACCUUACUGUGCAACAACAUCUGGAGGUUUAUGCAGCUGUGAAAGGGCUGAGGAAAGAAGACGCUGUUGUUACUAUCAAACGGAUAGCAAAGGCUCUGGAGCUUCAGGAUCAUGUCAAGAAAGUGACUAGAAAAUUAUCUGCUGGGGUAACUAGAAAGAUGUGUUUUGCACUGAGCAUGCUGGGUAAUCCGACAGUUCUGCUUCUGGACGAACCAUCAACUGGAAUGGACCCUAAAGGGCAAAGUCGCAUGUGGAAAGCAAUUCGGGCUGCACUGAAAAACAAAGAGCAAGGAGCCAUCCUAACAACCCAUUACAUGGAGGAGGCUGAGGCAGUGUGUGAUCGAGUGGCCAUCAUGGUGUGUGGAAAGCUCCGGUGCAUUGGUGCUGUUCAGUACCUGAAAAGCAAGUUUGGCAAAGGUUACUUACUGGAAAUUAAAGUAAAGGACCCAGCACAGGUUGAUUGCCUCCAUAUGGAGAUUCUGAGGAUCUUCCCACAUGCAGAUCGUCAGGAAAGGGUUUCCUCUUUGCUGGUUUACAAGAUACCAAUGCAAGAAGCACUGCCUCUGUCCCAGACUUUCUCCAAGCUAGAGGCAGCCAAACGAACCUUCGGCCUCGAGGAGUACAGCUUUUCUUUGAACACUUUGGAACAGGUGUUCUUAGAACUCUCCCGUGAGCAAGAAAUGGAUAAUUUUGAUAUGGCUUUGGAAGGAACUUUUGAGUGGGAAAGACUUCAGCAGGAAGACUUUUAA